AUGCAGCCUUCUAGAACUUCUCACUGCUCUUCAUCGGUGCAACCACCCCACUAUGCAGCAACUUUGGCCAGUUCAGGAGAUAUUCUCUUUUCUUCUGCUGCAGAUAGUCACCAUCCACUGCCUCGUUGGCGGCACCAAAACAGUUCAGCGUUUUCCCUCGUUGAUCCCGGUAUUGAGCUACCCACAAUAAGCGCAAAUGAGGUCGAGCAGGUGUUAAGCCAGCUCCAGUCUUCCUCUUCUCAGCCGUCAACACUAUCAACAUCCCGCAAAACGACUGGUUGUUGGCUGUCUAAAGACGAUUCCUUCACUCCUCCCCCCACGAAGCGUUCUUUUGGUGGUUCCAUCGCCCCUGUGGUGACUUGUGCAAGCUACCAACCAAUAACCUCGAUUCAACCGCAAUCACACCAGACCCGUUCAUCCUCGUUAAUCGCUGCCCUCCAGUUGCCACCGCUAGGAACUGGACAGAAAGCGAACUCAUCUACCACCUCACCACCAUUGCAUGCGGCCCUUCGGAAGCAGAUACUGCAGCCGUCGUCAAAUCUCACCACCCUUUUAAAUGCGGCCAAACAAAGGCAGGAAAAUCUGACUGUGCGCUUAGCGAAUCGGGCGAAGUUGACAGCAGCGGCAGCUAGAAUUCCGAUUCUAGCUAGCCAGCCGGCUGCAGAUUCGGACGGUACCACACCGGCGCGCUCUGUCGUUCCCAAGUCCCCUGCUUUGGCAACACCCUCUCCCAGCGGGCAUCACAUCCCCAAGGAUCCAAACGAACGCUUCCGAUUUCUUGUAAGUUUCCUUUUCUAA